ACUCGUCUAAACUUGUCGAAUCCCGGCUGAUUGCCAAAUUCCGGCACAAUUCGAGGGAAAAUGAGGAAAAUUCCUUUCAAGAACAUCGUGGUGGGCAUUUCCGGUGGUGUAGACAGUGCUGUGGCCGCUCUUCUCCUCAAGAACAAAGGAUAUCGUCUGCAGGGAGUUUUCAUGAGAAACUGGGACAUUGUGGAUGAGAAAACUACCUGUACUGGAGAUCAGGACUGGGAAGAUGCCCAAAGAGUGUGCAACCACCUCAAAAUUCCCUUGAUUUACGUAAACUUCGUGAAGGAAUACUGGAACAACGUCUUCACGCAAUUCCUGCGAGACUACGAAUCAGGAUUGACUCCCAAUCCGGACAUUCUGUGCAAUAGAUUCAUCAAGUUCGAUAACUUCUUCGCAUUUGCCACGAGGGCGGAUAAGCUUAAUGCGGACGCUAUUGCCACUGGACACUAUGCUAGAAACAGUUUUGGGAACUUCCUGGAACACUUCUGUCCGGAAAGCAACGUAAAACUGUUGCAGGCGAGAGACAGCAUGAAAGAUCAGACCUUUUUCCUCUCAAGUGUGCCUCAGAGAGCCCUCAGGAGAACAAUGUUUCCACUGGGAGACUUCACCAAGGAUCAAGUGAAGACAAUGGCUCGAGACGCGGGCAUGGGGUUCCUCUUGCGGAAGAAGGAGAGCACCGGGAUUUGCUUCAUUGGACACCGAAAUUUUCAGGAUUUCAUAUCAGAAUAUAUCUCCACAAAACCUGGGAAAUUAGUUGAUAUCGAUACAGGAUCUGUUGUUGGGAGUCAUAAUGGGAUUCACAAUUGGACUGUUGGUCAGAGAUGUCGCUUGGCAGGAUUUCCUCAGCCUUAUUUCAUCGCCCAGAAAGAUUGCAAUUCGAAUAUCAUCUUCGUCGCUGAAGGAUCAAAAAAUCCCGCUCUCUAUUCCAAAGUUUUCCACACGGAAUCUCCUUACUGGAUAGCUGAAGAUUGCCUGCCCAGACUGGGAGAGGGAUUUGAGUGCUUAUUUAGGUUUCAGCACAGAAAGCCCCUGACAAAGUGUCAGUUAGAGAGGGAUUCUGCAGCCCCUGGUGGAUUGCUGGUCACUUUAGAGAAUCCACUGAGGGCUAUAACUCCCGGACAAUAUGCUGUGUUUUAUGGCGAGACUGAGUGCUAUGGCUGUGCCAGGAUCACAACGACAAUCUGUGGGGAGGAAGCCCCGGAACAGGAGUAUAAAGUCCUUUGCUGA